AUGUAUACAGAAGCACAAGUAUCGGCUAUGCUGGAAGCUAAGAAAGAAAUAUCAAAGAGAUGUCUGACAAUAUUAGAGUCGGAAUUAGUACUAUCUGAGUAUCUUAAAGGAAAGGCAUCGUCUUACACAUCUUCAGGUGAAUUGUCAACACCCAUCGAUAGCAAUAAGCGAACCACUGAUCAACUAAUGGCGAGUGCUGUAGAAUUGCUUGACCACGAUGAGAUAGAUAUCGACCAAUUAUCACCUGUUAGUAAACGCAAACGAAUUCGGCUUGAAAGACGGCAGACAGCUAUCGCUGAUAAGGAUGGGAAUACUCCUGGUUUGACAAAUGAUACAUCAGCUAUGAAGGCUAAAGUUAGGCGAGAACUAGAGACAUGGGGGAGUGUUUCUUGUGUAAUGUCUAUGACUAUCCUCGUGCAAAAGGGUAGAGGUCGUGCGACCAAAACCGAGAAACAGGAAGUACACCCAACUCGUCAGGCAUUAGAAUACUGGGCUGGACUAAACGAUCGAUUGCCCACUCUAUACAUGGUUGUACUCCCAUCUUUUAUUAUUUUGCCGACCUCCUGUCGCUCAGAGAGUAUAUUUUCUCUGAGCGGCAACGUCCAAGACAAGAAGCGAAAGGCUUCUUUUAAAGGUGACACAUUCGCUAAGAUCAGCUUCGUGAAGGGAAACAGUUAG